UUCUUGUCAACAGCAUGCAGCGCCCAGUAACGACAAGCAUGAGAGGCAAAUUGUGGAUAGUAAGACGCAAUGUCUUCGCUCUAUUUCUACUAUCAUUGAUUCAUUGGACGAAACAGGAAUCUCUUUGUAAAAAGAAAGCCCGACCUCCACCGAGUGGAUGCUGUCCAAAGGAAUAUUCAAGAUACUGCUGUCCAAUUGCUGGUGAUAAUGAACUAGUUAAGCCUUGCGAGAGACCAAAAAAACUGGUUAAUAAAACAUCACCCGUGAGACCUGUAACGCCGAAGUUUAACGCAAAAACAGACUGCGUUCACCCCUGGCGUACUCAGGCAUGUGCGGGUGGGUUUUACCUGCAUGCCGGUGAUGGAAGCAUAAAGGCUUGUCCAAAAGGUUUCUAUUGUCCUCCUCAAGUGCUGUGUAUUAUUCCGUGUCCGUCUGGUGCUUAUUGUAUUCCAAAGCAAAAGAAAAAUGGAACUAAAACAAAGCAGUGCGGCUUCGAUGUCUGCUGUGGUGAUAAUUACGAUCCCCCACUGCUGUUAAAUAUAACUGAAAGAACAUGUAACGGUCUCAAUGAUUCUAACUGUAUCUGUGGUGGCACAGAUGUACCCAAACCAUGCCCUCGUGGUUAUUACUGCCCAAAACCUGAUGUUAUGAAACCAUGUAAAUCUGGUUAUUAUUGUCGUCCAGGAAGCACAGAACCUGAUCCUUGUCCGUGGCUAACGAAAUGCAAGGAGAACAGCUCAGCUCCAAUUUUCAACUUCAUUGCUCCGUUACUGGAUCUCCUCGUCUUAUUAAUUUUCAUUGCUUUACUUGUUCUUUAUCACAAAUGGGAGACAGCCAAGUUCUACUUCAAUGUCUAUUUCACGAGAUUCACUGGAAGAGAACGAUCUUCAACUAAAAGUUUUUGUGUAGAUGCCGGAAUAGCUAACACUACUGUCAAGCUUGGCGAGUUUUCAGACACUGAGGAAGAAAUCGAACGAAAGUCGUAUACAAUUGACAUAAGCUUUAAAAACCUUGGAUUGACUUUAAAAGGAGGCGAUCAAAAAGUUGUUUUACAAGGAGUGACCGGUCACGUGCGUUCGGGUGAGGUAACUGCGGUCAUGGGGCCUUCUGGGGCGGGAAAGACAACGUUCCUCAACACAUUAAGUGGCAAAGCGUACUAUGGGGAUGCAAAUGGAGAAAUAUUGUUUAAUAAUGAAGUGGUAAAAGGAAUCAAACAGUUCAGAUCAAUAACUGGGUUUGUUCCUCAGGAGGACACGAUGCACAGAAAUUUAACUGUUCACGAAGUCUUGUAUUAUCAAGCUAUGCUUCGCUUACCAUCAGGAACUGAUACCCGCACAAUAAAGUAUAAGAUACGACAGACUCUCAAUAUUUUAGAGAUUUCUCAUGUCGCUAACUCACUGAUUGGUGAUGAAGAAACAAGAGGCAUUUCCGGUGGACAACGAAAAAGAGUUAACAUUGGCAUGGAGUUAAUUGCUGAUCCAACUUUGUUGUUUCUUGAUGAACCUACAAGUGGUUUAGAUAGCACAUCAAGUUUGUCAGUAUUGAAGUCGUUGAGAGCUGUGGCUGAAAAAGGAGGAUUGACGGUUUUGUGCGUUAUUCAUCAACCACGUUUUGAAAUUUUCAAUAUGUUCCACAACAUCUUGCUCCUUGGCCCUGGUGGUAAAACAGUUUAUCAAGGAACCGUGUCUGGCGCGGCCACUUAUUUCUCAUCUCUUGGUUUUAAUACUCCCGCCAAUGUCAAUCCAGCUGAUUAUUAUAUGGAUGUUAUUGGAGGAUCGGUAAAGACAGGAGAAGAAGACGUAGAUCUGUUCGAAUCCUGGAAUAAAAACUCUGCUGGGGAAGGAGAAACGUCUGAGGACGGGAUGAAAAAAAUAGAUAGUUCUGGACCGGAAGAAAAACGUGUUCUACCGAACCCGCUUUAUCAAUUUUUCACAUUCACUAAACGAGAAUUUCUGCUUCAAAUUCGUCUGGUAAAAACUUUGCUUAUUGACGUUUUCUUGGUAUUCUUUGCUGGUGGUGUUCUUGGGGCCCUGUACCUUGAGGUGAAAUUAGAGAAAUUCACUGGGCUCUGUCGUAUGAGUGGGAUGGCAAUAGGGUUAACAUCGAUGUUGGCAUCUCUGAGAUGUUUUGGGAACCAUAGAACUACAUUUUGGAGGGAAAGUGCUGCAGGUGUGAACCGAGUUAGUUAUUUUCUGGCGGUAAAUUUUGCUCAGUUGCCAAUCUUGGUAAUAAUGCCUUUGGUUUACCUCAGUCUUCUCUACACUCUGACGUCACCACGAUCAUACUUCAGCUCUCAUUAUACUGCAGUGUUUUGUGCCCAGUUAUGCUGUUCUGGCAUUGGCUAUGCUGUUUCCACGAUUUUUAACCCCAAAAGUUCACAAAUGGCGUCUGUUGUGGUAGUUUUGGUAAUGGCUAUGCUGUCAGGGUUUUCACCAACAUUGUGUAAACUUGAUGAUUUGGAUUUCUUUGGACCUCUUGGUUACAACUUGUCCUAUAUUCGCUGGUUUGUGGAGGCUCUGUUUGAGAAAGAAGCUUUGCGAUAUCCUGACGUUGAUCGUCCAAUACGUGACAGAAUUGCCUUCCCUGACCAUUAUGCUUUAGAUGGAAAUUUUGCUUUUUGUAUGGGAAUAAUUAUCAUCAUGGCUGUCGUGUUUCGCUUGUUUGCUUUAAUUUUCUUGCUCUUUACCAAUCGUGGAAAACAACAGUAAUUCACUAGCUUUUAGUUGUAGUUUUUGAGACUGAUAUAUAUACUCAUGCACACAGGAACAUUUGAUUUCAAGCUAAUUUGAUUAUUAGGGAACUAAUAAUCAAUUAAUUUUCGUUAUAAAAAACUUGUGCAUGGACAUGAAAGAAAAAAUUAGAAAUCUGAAAGGAAUUACAGUUCAAUGCAUCUUGCGCUCUUACAACCUGGCUGCUUUUAAUCAUUUUCUUAACGUAUACUGUAUUGAGGUAUAAUAAUAAAGCUUUUUAGGUAGCUAUAUGAGUGUUUUAAUUCAUCAGAGUGACACAUAUGCAUAUGUUGG